AUGCAGGCGCGGCACUGGGGAAGUGGCAGCAUCGCCGGAUGCUAUAGCCCCUGCCUGAAGCUGACUGAUCCCAAGUGGAACAACACGGCAUCCCGAGGCCGAUCACGGACCGACGACGUGGCGGCGCCGUACUGCUGCCCCACGCCCCCGAUCUCACCGCAGGCCUGCCGAUCAGGCCCAGUGGAAGGGACGGAGUACGUCAAGGCGGUCCACCAGUACUGCCCUGGUGUCUAUGCCUACUGCUACGAUGAUGAGAUGGGCUUGUUGCAGUGCUCUGCAGACUCCAACUACGAGCUGGAGUUUUUCUGCCCCUGGCCAAUGCCUUCAUGGGACUACGUCUGGGUGACCACGACUCAGACGAGUGCCACGUACACGGCGACAUCCCUCACUUCCACCCGCACGACCAUCACCCACACUACCAGAACCGUUUCGUCCACCACCAUCAGCACCACCACCGCGACCACCGUGACCCGAACAUCGAUGACGACCGUGACGGGGACAACGAGGACGACGAGGCCAUCCACCACCGACAAGGACGAGGCCACGGCAGCGAGCCCAACCAGGACCCACGGUGGAGACUCCGAGUCCAAAUCGCCCGCAACUACCCCGCCUGUGACCACUCCGUCUGAGACCGCUCCAGGUCCCACCGGCCUCGACGCGCCCUCGACAUCGAGUUCCCAAGGCUCAGAGGCAUAUUACGUGAUUGCCGGCUGCUCGCUGGGAGCUGUGGCCGUGGUUGCUUUGGGCCUCUGCAUUUGGCAUGGUGCAGUUCCCGUGAGGCGUGACGUCGAGCAGCAAUUGCCAUUGCUGCCGCAGGAGUAG